CUGACUGCAUGCUUAUGAUUGAACAAGUCUUAGUCCAUGCUCACCAUACCUCAUUGCCCCCUUAUCAUUUUCUCCUCCUUCCUUCCUUUUCUUCCCAACUCACAAUAUUAUUCUAUGCAUAAUAAAGAAAAAGAAGGAAGAUCAUAGAUGGCUGAACUCAUACAUGUUGCAGUGGUGGCAGCCUCCUUGGGAUGUGUUUCAACCCUUUUGCUGCUUUUCAUGUGGCGUUGGUGUCAUCACAACAAACACCACACAAACUUUGUUCAACCCAAUAGCUUGACCAGAAUGGAGACUCUCCAAGCAGGAAUUGCAAAACUUCAUCAACACCAACCUGCACUCUAUCACCAAUUUGACCAGAAGAACAAUCACAAUCACAAAAAACAAAACUUUUAUGUUUUUCACAAUGGGCUAUCUAGAAGGGGCCAUUUGUUCAACUGGGAUGAUCAUCCCUACCUUCUGGUUGAUGCUGUGGAAAAUGGGUGGUCUGGAUUUGCUUUCACCAAGACCAACAUGCCAUCUCCUUCAAAAAGAUCAAGUCUUUUUGGAGCAUGUGCUGCUGCUGAGAAUGGGAGAGAAACUGAGGCUGAGAUAACUUGGGAAGUGUGUAAUGGAUCAGCUGAAUGUAUGCAGAAGGUUAGACUCAAUCCUGAGUUGAAAAAGGUUCUUCAUUCAAACAACUCUUCCAAUAUGAGUGUUGCUUCUGUCAUUAGAACGGCUCUACCUCUUCCUGGUCCUCCUUUGGGAAACUAUGCAUUCCCACAAGAAGCUUAUUUUGAAAUCACCAUACUGUGUUCUGGUGUUGGGAAUCAUGAAUCUGUUGUUGGAAAGAAAGAAGGGGAGAAGACAAAACUCUUAAUUGAAGAUGGUUCCAAUGGUGUAUGUGAUUUGAAUGUGGUUGAAGAAGUGAAAUUUGAGCAGAAAGAGAGUGGUAGAAAGAUUGGAUCUGUGAUGUUCUCAUUGGGGUUGACAGCAGGAGGAGCUGUUCCUUUGAGAGUUCCAGGUAGCUAUCCUAGGAGCAUUGGAUUCAACUCCAAUGGUUCUGUCUUUCUUGAAGGAAUGAAACUUGUGAUGGAGUCUGAGAAGGCACAGUGGAUAGGAAGUGAAAGGGUAAUUGGAUGCGGGUAUGAUCCAAGGCAGAAGAAGGUUUUCUUCACAUUGGACUCAGAAUUGGUGCAUGUAAUCCACUGUCAGUCAGAGGAAUUUGGCACUCCACUCUCUCCAACUUUGGCUGCAAACAUAGACAUUCAGGUUUUGGUUAAUUUUGGACAAAGUGCAUUCAAAUAUGCACCUGCAAAUGCACAAAGAACACCAAAUCCAUGCUUCAUAGCCCCACUUGUAAAUUCCCCUGGUGCUACCCUCGGUUAUGAUGACAGCAAGGAACUCUUUUCCAUGGGUAGGAUUGAUUCUCAGUGGCAUAACAGAUCUUCAAACAAACCAAAUCAACCCAAUGGAAAUAAUAGCCAAGUCUUAGAUUUUGAUGACUCUGAGGCUGAUCUAUUUGAAAUAGUCUUGGAUGGUUCAUAAAAGUCUAAAAUCAAAACAUUAUUUCAUAGCUCACCACUGUAUAGGAGGCAUAAUUGAAUGCAGUUAUCAUGUCUCAGUCAAUUAACUUAAUUUCUCCUUCUGCACAUACCCUUUGGUUUCAUCUUUCUCCUUCAACCAUAGCUAGUCAUGUAACAGCCUUUUGUCUCUUCUUUUACCCUCCUGAACUUUUUUCUUCUUUGGUAAACAAACACUAAGUUUUGCUUUUUGGAAUACAACAUUUUUCUCCCCUCUGUAAAUACUGAAUUAGUGAUUAUACUUUCUGGCCAA